AUGGCACCUCGACGCAAGUCCGUCAAGAAGGGACUUCAGUUCACCGUCGCCGUAUGUGGUACGUAAGAUUCGAAAGCUCCGUGGUGGUGUGCCCCUCGUGACGCUGGCCGGGCUGAUCGGAAAUGUCACGCGUCACCGUGUUGUACCCACUGCACCACGCAGGCCAAUCCGGCACCGGACGAACAACGUUCGUCAACACCCUCUGCGAAUCCGAAGUCCUCGUGCAUAAGGAUUUGCCCAGUCCCGAGUUGGCUCAUCAAGAGGACGGUAUCAGGAUCAAGCCUGUCAGCGUUGGUGAGCUUUGCCCAUCCUCUCAGGGCUGUUGAAAGCAGGGGCCUCGGCAUGGGAAAAGCGCUAGUUCGCUGAUCGGGGAUCCACGGGCUGUUUUUUUUGCGGAGUAUAUAGAACUUGAAGAGGACGGAGUGAGGAUCUCUUUGACGAUCGUUGAUACCCCCGGAUUCGGAGAUCAGAUCAACAAUGAGUUCGCGUGAGUACUUUUGGGGGGCAUCAAUGCCGCAGCGGUUGUGAAGUCGAGGACACAUCACAUGUUGACUCUCCCCCGAUCCCAUCAUCGCUAAUCUCUAGGUUCCAAGAGAUUGCCGGCUACCUCGAACGCCAGUACGACGACAUCUUGGCCGAGCAGAGUCGUAUCAAGCGCAAUCCUCGUUUCAGGGACAAUCGAGUUCACGCGUUGCUCUACUUCAUCACCCCGACCGGCCACCAGUGAGUCGACCGAGGGGACCGCUGUACAUGAGUAAUGUUGGGUACACCACUUAUGUUCGCGUCGAUCACUCGCCGAUCACAGUCUCCGAGAGCUCGACAUCGAAUUGAUGAGGCGCCUCUCCCCCCGCGUCAACGUGAUACCCGUGAUUGGCAAGGCGGACACUUUGACGCCUUCGGAAAUCCGUGCAUUCAAGAAGCGCGUCAUGCAAGACAUCGACCACUACAAUAUUCCCAUCUACAACUUUCCUUACGACCCCGAGGAGGAUGACGAGGAGACCAUUGCGGAUAACCGUGACCUUCGCGUGAGCAGUGGAGGCGUGGGCGGACUGCGAAGUUUCGUCAGGCGUUGACGAGUCCCGUGUUCUCUUCUUCGUACCAGGCUCUCUUGCCCUUCGCCGUCAUCGGUUCGGAAGAGGCCAUCGAGAUGGACGGUGAAGUUAUUCGUGCGCGUCGCUACCCUUGGGGUAUUGUCGAGAUCGACAAUCCCGAACACUCCGACUUUGCUGCCCUUCGUUCGGCUUUGCUCGGAACUCACCUCACGGACCUCAAGGAGAUCACCGAGGACUUCCUUUACGAGAACUGUGAGUGCAGGUUCCGGGUGCCAUCGAUCCAGGUUCGAUGAUUACCGACAUGUCCUUUUAUGUAGAUCGUACCGAGAAGCUCUCUCGAAGCGUGGAAGGCGAAGUAGAGUAUCAUAAUCCCGACAGCUCGAUCCUCCCCGAAGAUCUCGCCACCCAGUCGGUCCGUCUCAAGGAAGAGCAGCUCCGACGAGAAGGUCAGUGCCACCGCGACUCGGUGCCGGCUACAUAUCAGCUGACCGCGAUGGUGUGUGCUCACCCAUGUGCUCGCAGAGGAGAAGCUGCGCGAGAUCGAGCUCAAGUCGCAACGCGAGAUCAGCGAGAAGCGUCAAGAGCUGCUCGCCAAGGAGGAGUCGCUGCGCAACCUCGAGAGUCGGCUCGCUCAAGCGCAGGCGAUGGCGCAACAGCAGGCCGCGGUCUACGCGCCGUCGAGCGGUCAAGGCGAAUACUGA